AGUUGAAUAAUACACCCUCUUCCUCCCACUGCGAUUCUAAUUAAGUAUAAAUACAUGAGAUUAGAAGAUACAAUUACACACAACACAAUCAUGACGACGGGGAACAAAACAUCCAUUAAAACGACGUCGGAUGGAGCCUGGCAAGGCGACAAUCCCCUAGAUUUUGCUCUCCCUCUCCUCAUUCUUCAAACCAUUUUGAUCAUCGCCGUUAGCCGCUUCCUUGCUUUCCUCCUCAAACCCCUCCGCCAACCCAAAGUCAUCGCUGAGAUUGUUGGUGGAAUCUUGCUGGGUCCUUCGGCUUUGGGUCGAAAUGAAGACUACUUACACAGAAUAUUCCCUUCAUGGAGCACUCCGAUUCUGGAAUCAGUGGCGGCAAUCGGUCUUCUCUUCUUUCUUUUCCUCGUCGGACUGGAGCUUGACUUAUCCUCCAUUCGCCAGAGCGGCAAGCGCGCUUUCGGUAUAGCACUUGCCGGAAUCUCUCUCCCUUUCGUCUGCGGCAUCGGCGUUGCUUUCGUCCUCAGAAAAGUCAUCGAUGGCGCCGACAAAGUCGGCUUUGCUCAGUUCGUCGUCUUCAUGGGUGUUGCUCUCUCCAUCACCGCCUUCCCUGUUCUCGCUCGUAUCUUAGCCGAGCUCAAGUUGUUGACCACCCACGUGGGUCAAACCGCCAUGGCAGCCGCCGCCUUCAACGACGUCGCAGCAUGGAUCUUGCUCGCCCUCGCCAUCUUUGCAGAGAGAUUAAUGGAGCGAAUAGAAGAUUUUGUGAGCAGUCUGCUUCUGCCACUUUACUUUGCGUCGAGUGGUUUGAAGACGGAUGUGUCAAAGAUUCGAGGAGGGAGGGCGUGGGGGUUGCUGGCUCUGGUUAUAUCGACGGCGUGCAUAGGGAAGAUUAUGGGAACGUUCGUGGUGGCGAUGAUGUUUAUGAUGAGUACCAGAGAAUCAUUAGCGCUGGGUUUUCUCAUGAACACCAAAGGACUGGUGGAGCUCAUCGUUCUCAAUAUUGGCAAGGAGAAGAAGGUGCUUAAUGAGGAAAGCUUUGCUAUUCUAGUUCUAAUGGCACUUUUCACCACCUUCAUCACAACACCAACUGUAAUGGCUAUUUACAAAGGACCUGGUAAUGGUGGCAAAUCUGAUUUGAGCCAUAAGCAUCGUAAGUUAGCCAAUAAGAAUCCCAAAGACCAGCUUAGGAUCUUGGCUUGCCUUCAUGGUCUCCAGAACGUACCUUCUCUAAUUACCCUAAUUGAGUCAACUCGGAGCACCAAAAAAUCCCAACUCAAGCUCUUCGUUAUGCACCUUGUUGAACUCACAGAACGCUCAUCUUCCAUUAUCAUGGUGCAACGAGCUCGUAAAAACGGCCUCCCAUUCAUCAACCGCUUUCGCCGUGGAGCCUGGCAUGACCAAGUUACAGGUGCCUUCCAAGCCUACAGUCAAUUGGGUCGUGUCUCCGUCCGACCCAUUACGGAAAUCUCUUCUUUAUCCACCAUGCAUGAAGAUAUUUGCCAAAUGGCUGAUACUAAAAGGGUGGCCAUAAUCAUUUUGCCUUUUCAUAAACAGUGGAAAGGCGAUGAUGAUGAGAGCAUAGAGAAUGUGGGACAUGGGUGGAGAUUGGUGAAUCAGAGAGUUUUGAAACAUGCACCUUGCUCCGUUGGAGUUCUUGUUGAUCGUGGAUUUGGAAACAAGGCGAAUCAAACUCCUAGCCCUAAUACUAUCAUCACUCAGAAUAUUUGCGUUGUAUUUUUUGGUGGACCAGAUGAUCGUGAGGCCUUGGAGUUGGCAGGAAGAAUGGUUGAACAUCCUGGAGUCAAACUUACCCUUUUAAGGAUUAUUUUCGAUAUGGGACCGGAAAGUCCUUCCUUCGUCGAGGAUGAUGAGAUAAUUGGUGAAUUCAAGAGUAAAUGGGAGGCUAUAAUGGAGUACAAAGAGAAAAGAGAUAAUAAUAUUAAAGAGGAAAUAUUGGAGAUCGGACGAAGUGGGGAUUAUGAGCUAAUAAUAGUAGGAAACGGGAGGUUUCCGGCAAAUAUUGAGGCAAAGUUCGCCGACCACCACCAACCAGAGCAUGCAGAGUUGGGACCUGUAGGUGACCUAUUAGCUUCUCCAGGAUACGACGUCGUAUCAUCUGUACUCGUCAUUCAACAGCAUCAAAUUGCAGAUACAGAUCAUGACACUUCAUUGCCAAAAAUUACUAGCCCUGAUGGAUCAUCAAACGUUUGAGAGAAGUUUAAUUACUUUUGAGCUUUCUAAAAUUUGCAGUACAUAAAAUUUUAAAUGAUUUCCAAAUUAUGUCUUCUCUUGGAUGUAAAUAUACUCAUCUUGUUUUUCUCAGUUAUGCAAAGAAUUUGGAGACUGAAAGUAA